AUGGAGCCCAGCUGCUCUGGGAAUGUCGGGUCGCUGCGGGGGUCAGGAAUGACGUGGGAUGGGGAGCCGAGGAUUCCUGACUUCACCGUGUUCRUUCAGUAACGUCUUUGCUGCUGACAGAUCGAGCGGCGCAUGGAGUUGAUGCGCGUCGUUUCCCACAACACGCACAAGAAGAUGGUGUCAUGUCUGCAGGGUCACAUCGGAGCAGAAGCGGAGAAGAGACAUUCUGUCCCGCGCCUCUAUACAGGAAACGGUCAGAAAAAGCUUCCUCUCACGGCUCUGUCCCAGGCCAUGGUGGAGGGAGGAGCCCAGCUGGGGGAGGACUCGUCCAUCGGGAAGAUGAUGGAGGUGUGCGGCGAGGUGGAGAANAGUUCAGGCGCUCUGAAGUCGUACCUGCGGGAGCUCCCUGACCCUCUGAUGACCUCCCAGCUGUACGACGAGUGGAUCCAGGCCUCCAGUGUUUCAGACCCAGAUAAACGGCUGCAGGCGCUCUGGCUGGUCUGUGACAAGCUACCAAAGAACAACAGGAACAACCUGCGGUACCUGGUGAAGUUUUUAGCCAGACUGGCUCAGGACAGCGAGACGAACAAAAUGACGGCRAGCAACGUGGCCAUCGUGCUGGGACCCAACCUGCUGUGGGCCAAGAUGGAGGGGAGCCUGGCGGAGAUGGCGGCGGCGACCUCGGUGCAUGUGGUGGCCAUCAUAGAGCCCAUCAUCCAGCACGCUGACUGGUUCUUCCCUGAGGACGUGGAGUUUAAUGUUUCCGGCAUGUUUGUGAUGCCGCCGCCGGCAGCGUCCAAUCACAGCAGCCCGCCGGACGCCGACUGCAGCGUGGAGAGGAAGAGGAGCAGCAUGCUGGGAGCAGACGCAGACACCGCGCGGAAAGACAAUAGCACCUUAGGUAGAAAGCAGCUCACCUCACCGGCCUUCCAGCCUCCUCUGCCCCCUAUGGAGGCCCCCAUCCUGGGCCAGGGGGUCCCUCAGUGCCCCCAGGCCCCCCAGGUUGACCCCCAGCUCCCACCUCCAGUGGGGGGAUCGGGGCUGGACGGCCCCCAGCUCAGCCUGGUCCAGGAUCUGGCUGUUCUGGCAGCAGCGCAGCAGCUGCUGGCCCAGAACACAGAGGAGCUCAGCAGCCUGAAGCUGCGGGACGGCGCUGCAGCGGCGCCCACGCCGGGUCCUCAGAGGAACGGUUCUGGAGGCGGCGGCCCGUCUGGACCCGGAUCCAUGGGGCCCAGUCCUCACAUGGUGCGGCGAGGUACCAAGAAGCAGGCUCCGCCCCCUCCCAAGUCCGGGUUCGGGUCGCUCCCCCGGCCGCGUCCCGUCCCAAAGCCUCGGAACCGGCCCAGCAUGCCGCCGCCGCCGCAGCCCCCCGCCCUGAGCAGCGACACCAACGGCGUCUGCAAGAUGGCGGAGCCGCUGAUGUCUUUGAAGAGACCCAGCCGGGCUUCCGUACCCGAGCUCACUGUGGACCAGCAGCUAGCAGCCGCCAACUCUUCCUCCUCCUCCUCUUCCUCCUGCGACCUGGACACUGAGAGCACCGCCCUGUGAGGACCAGUCCAUGACCUCACGAUGACCUCACAGGCCCAGUCCUCCACGCCGCCUCUCCUUCAGCUCAUAUCUGCAUCUGAACUGAUUCACGUGGAGGGACGCGCCACACUGCCCCCUACUGGCUGCUGUCAUGUACUGCACACACAGGCGUCUUUAAGCCAAAGUUCCACAGCUUCUCUGUGUAACAUCGUUCUCUCUCACACACACACACGUUCUCACACACGUUCUCACACACAGCCUCACACACACACAGAUUGCCAGGUGUGUUUCUACACGGCUCUUUGUUCUGGAGACAAUCGGAGUCGGUGGAAAUGACGAGUUUUCUUUCUGCUUUCUCGUUGAAUGUGAUUCAGAUCAGAUUAAGGUGACUGCUGGUUCUCAGUCACCAGUUUCUCCUCCAUGUUUGUAUUUAUUAGCUGGUUUAAGAGCACACACACACACACACACACACACACUGCAGUUCAGCGCCAGCCAUGCCUUACAGUUCUGUUUCCUGCGUUUCUGCCUUCAGGGACAUGAGCUGCCAUCCCUCACUAGAACCCGGUUCUGGUCAGUUUCUGCCUUUCCUCAGCGCCGUCUGGGUCAGAGUGAAUGUAGAGUGGGCCG